UGUAUCUAUUAUCUAUGAUUGUUAUCAAGUGCUUAAAUUUAAAAAUAAAAAGGUUACUUUGGCGGUUUAAACAUUGCAAUAUAUUAUUUAUUACUAAUCACUAAUGUGAAUAAUUACGCUAAUUAAAUAUAUAUUCUUCUUAGUAGUUGAAAUAAAUAUGAGUGAAGUUGCUUUAUCGUCAUCAUCAACAAAAACGGCGGAAGAAGAAGCAGACGAUUUUGGCCCUACUCCGAUUGCUCGACUUGAGGGAAAUGGUAUAAGUAAUGGUGAUAUUAAAAAACUGGAAGAGGCAGGCUAUCAUACAGUUGAAUCUAUUGCAUAUGCUCCUAAAAAAUUCCUGAUCUCUAUAAAAGGUAUUUCUGAUGCUAAAGCUGAAAAAAUUCAUGUCGAGGCAUCCAAAAUAGUGCCUUUGGGGUUCACUACAGCUACUGAAUUCCAUCAAAAAAGACAAGAAAUUAUUCAAUUAACAACUGGCUCUCAAGAACUAGACCGUCUUUUGGGAGGUGGUGUUGAAACUGGGUCAAUUACUGAAAUAUUUGGAGAAUUUAGAACUGGAAAGACGCAAAUUUGUCACACAUUGGCUGUUACGUGUCAGUUACCUAUUGAAAAUAAUGGAGGUGAAGGAAAAUGCUUGUAUAUUGAUACCGAAGGCACUUUUCGACCAGAACGAUUGCUUGCUGUUGCAGAAAGGUACAAAAUGUCUGGUCAAGAUGUUCUUGAUAAUGUAGCUUAUGCCAGAGCAUAUAACACUGACCAUCAAACAGAACUUUUAAUUCAAGCUGCAGCAAUGAUGGUAGAAUCCAGAUACUGCUUAAUAAUUGUGGACAGUGCAACUGCUUUAUACAGAACUGAUUAUUCUGGAAGAGGAGAAUUGUCUGCAAGACAAAUGCAUUUAGCAAGAUUUAUGAGGAUGUUACUUCGAUUAGCAGAUGAGUUUGGCGUUGCUGUUGUAAUAACAAAUCAAGUAGUAGCUCAAGUUGACGGAGCAGCUAUGUUUAAUGCUGAUCCUAAAAAACCUAUUGGAGGUAACAUAAUUGCACAUGCAUCCACUACAAGGCUAUACUUACGUAAAGGAAGAGGUGAUACACGAAUUUGUAAAAUAUACGAUUCGCCUUGCUUACCUGAAUCAGAAGCAAUGUUUGCUAUUAAUCCUGACGGCAUUGGGGAUGCAAAAGAAUAAGUUAUAAUUUAAAAUAAAUUCCUUCCUGCAUUUGCCUAGAAAAUAUUGUUACAAUUCAGAUAUAUGUGUAUAUUGUUUUUUUGAUUAACUUUACUUGUAAAAUUAGCUAUAAUUUUAUUAAAAAGGCAAAUGAAAGAUAUAAAAUUUUAAACAUGGUAACUCUUAUCUGAA